AUGGCGGCGGCGGCACUCAGGGACCCGGCACAGGGCUGUGUGACCUUUGAGGACGUGACCAUUUACUUCUCCCAGGAGGAGUGGGGGCUCCUUGAUGAGGCUCAGAGGCUCCUGUACUGCGACGUGAUGCUGGAGAACUUUGCACUAAUAGCCUCACUGGGACUUACCUCCUUCAGGUCUCACAUAGUCGCCCAGCUGCAGAUGGGGGCAGAGCCAUGGGUGCCUGACAGGGUGGAUAUGACAUCAGCCAUGGCAAGAGGGGCGUACAGCGGACCUAUCUCUGGGUUUUGCUGUGGAACGGAGGGUGAGCGUAGAGUGUCUGCAGAAGGAGUGUCACAGGACAGGAAGCUCAAGGCGGCUCUGUCCAACCAGAAGGACUACUCCUGUGACACCUGUGGCCUGCACUUGAAAGACAUUUUGCACCUGACUGAACACCAGGCAACACAUGCCAGGCAGAAACCAGACAUGUGUGAGGUGGCUGGGAGAGGGAUCAAGUCCAAUGCAAACCUUUACCAGCAUCAGAUGCAGCAGAAUAUAGACAAGCCUGUCAGAAGGGAUGAGGACAGGGCCUCACCUGUGAAGAGCUGCAGAGAUGACACAUCAAAGGAACCUUUCACAGUCAGGGAGGAUGGGAAGGACUUUGUGCGUGGGACAGCCACAUCCUGCUUUCUGUGGCAUCAGGUCGCUCACAGAGUGGAGGAGCCACCCCAGAGAACUGGCGUGCAGAGCCAUAACAAGUGCAGUGAAUUUGGGAAUGCUUUCAGUGACAAGCCCACACCUGUUCAGCACCAGAGAACCCACACUGGAGAAAGGCCUUAUGAGUGCAACAAAUGUGGGAUAUUCUUUAGCCACGCUUCCGGCCUCUAUCAGCACCAGAGAGAUCACAAUAGAGGAAAGCCUUAUGAGUGCUGCGAAUGUGGGAAGUUCUUUAGCCAACACUCUAGUCUCAUUAAACAUCAGAGAGUUCACACUGGGGAAAGCCCUCACGUGUGCAGUGACUGUGGGAAAUUCUUCAGCCGAAGCUCCAACCUCAUUCAGCAUAAGAGGGUGCACACAGGAGAGAAGCCUUACGAGUGCAGCGAAUGUGGGAAGUUCUUCAGCCAGCGCUCCAACCUCAUUCAUCAUAAGAGGGUUCAUACGGGCAGAAGCGCUCACGAAUGCAGUGAGUGUGGGAAGUCUUUCAACUGCAACUCCAGCCUCAUAAAGCACUGGAGGGUUCACACUGGAGAAAGACCUUAUAAGUGCAACGAAUGUGGGAAAUUCUUCAGCCACAUCGCCAGUCUCAUCCAACAUCAGAUAGUCCACACUGGUGAACGGCCUUACGGGUGCAGUGAAUGUGGGAAAGCCUUCAGCCGGAGCUCCGACCUCAUGAAGCAUCAGAGAGUCCACACUGGGGAACGGCCUUAUGAGUGCAUCGAAUGUGGGAAAUUGUUUAGCCAGAGCUCCAGCCUCAAUAGCCAUCGGAGACUUCACACUGGUGAACGGCCUUAUCAGUGCCCCGAAUGUGGGAAGUUCUUUAACCAAAGCUCCAGCCUCAAUAACCAUCGGAGACUUCACACCGGUGAGCGGCCUUAUGAGUGCCUCGAAUGUGGGAAAACCUUCAGACAAAGGUCUAAUCUGAGGCAACACCAGAAGGUUCACAAACCAGACAGGCCAUAUAAGUGUGGCGAAUGUGGAAAAGCCUUCAGCCAGAGGCCUACCCUCGUCCGGCACCAGAAAAUUCACUCUAGGGAAAGGAGUGCAGAGAAUGUGCACCCUCCUCCAGCACAACGAUGUGCAGUGGAGAUAAGCUCUGAGAACAGUCUUUACGAGGGGGCCAUCAGCCAGAGGUUGAACCUUCUUCAUCCCAGUGUCCACACUGGGCAGAUUCCCUAUGAAUGCUAGUUAUGUUGGAAGGUCUCUGGAACAAAGUAACAUUUUCUCACCGUGGACUCUACCAGACCUUUGUCACUGUGUUUGUGGUAGAAGCCAUUGAGCUCUGGCAGGUCUCCAGGAGCACGUGUCAGCCAGUCCCUGUGUUCAGACCUCUUCUCUUUCGCCAAGAGGGAAUCCUGAGUAGCCUGAGGCCA